GAGCCCGGAACACGGAUAACAAUGGAUAGAAAGAAUCGGAAAUCCAGGAGGACAACACAAGAGAUGGUGAUUUACCCUCCUUUGCCAAAAGAGGAAUGUCUGAAGUCUUGCAAUGAAAAUAAUGAAAAAACUGCAGUCGUUGACAAGUGUGACCCCUCCUUGGCCAAAAACACAAAAAUCAACCUGCUAAAACCUAAUUUAAAAAUAGACAAAAAAUUGCCGAAGAAAAAAACGGUGAUCUCAAUUGCAGAAACUGCUCCGACCAAAAGAGAGGCGACCCCCAUCGUGUGUUUGUCCAACAGUCUCUACUCUUUGAAACUUUCAUCGACUGAUUCCAAAACAACGGACAUUUUCCAACCAAGGCGUCCGGUUAAAUUGGCUCCAUUGGAACUCCCAGCCAAGGUGAAGGAGGCCCAAAUAAAAAAGAUCAACACAAUGACCAACAUUGUUUACUUGAAGGAACAGGAGCCCUCACACCACAACAUCCCAUACCAAUGUCCCACCAAGAGGGAGCCACUAAAGAAGAUGAGGGAAAACAAGCUUCCAAGACUUCCAGAAGAUGUUACUUUGGCCAAAGACAAUGUUUUGGAUAAAGAUGUGUCUGGCAGAAUAAAUUCACUCCCUCGAGAUUUCAGAUUGGAAGACUCGAGCUUGUCCCUGAUAAAAUCUGACACUAGAUGUUUUGUCGAUUCCGUGCCUAAGAUCACCUCACCACAGAAUAACGAGAGUCGAAAUGUUUUUGCCGAAGGGCGGUUUAGGUCUUCGAGGUGUCAAAAUAUAAAUCUGGGAUCUAGGUGUGAUAUUAAAACCAAUGGAUAUUAAAUCGGUGUGAUAUUAAACCAAUGUCGAUAGACACCCUCCCCUAUAAAAAGGAUUUAUUUGCCAUUAGGAGUUAGUAUGAGUAAGGCCUCAAAGGAGGCUGAAACGCGUCACUUUGUCUAAGUCUUCAGUAUUCCUGCUGUGAUUCAAUAAAGACACCAGAUUUUAUUGCAAGAGAAAACCUGGCUGAACAUCUACUUCUUCUUAUCCUUCAUAAAAGAUAGUGCCAGGGACUAUUGAUAGUAUUUAGAAUAUUGGGCAGACUAGAUGAUCUGAAUGAUUCUUAACUAGUCUCACUUUCUAUGUUUCUAUCUAAUACAUGAUUGUAGUUCACCCCGAAGAUACAAAGUACAGUGAAUAUAAAAAGAAAACGGAACCUAAACCUGUAUACACAGAGAAUAGCACAAGGAAAGGGAGAGGGGGGGCUUUAUCACGGAUGAUGUAGGUGAAUCAUUUUUGUCCACCUUUAUUUUGAGUGGUGCCAAUGUGUACAUGC